GAAGUAAUUAACAUCUCGAAGACGAAGGAGUGUUUAUUCAGGCAGACGUUGGCCAUUCCUCGUCGCAGAGCAAGCGAGAGAGAGGGAGAGAAGGAAAGAUGACCAGGUUUCUCCUGUUUGCUCUGCUCCUGGGCCCAGCGCUCGUGGCCCCUCAGCAGAUCCCGAACAUCACCAGACCGAGCUUCCCCUGUGGGGGGCAGAUCACCGGGGAGCAUGGAUACGUGGCCAGCGAGGGAUUCCCUGCCCCCUACCCCCCCAAUAAAAAAUGCAUCUGGACAAUUGAGAAUCAGUUCUGUGGAGGGAAACUGGUGAAACCCCAGGGAUCGUUCAAGACCCCAAACUGGCCAGAGAAGGAAUAUCCAACGGGAAUCAGUUGUUCCUGGCACAUUGUGGGCCGUCCCAAUGAGGUUAUUGAGCUCAAGUUUGAGAAGUUUGCUGUCGAGAGCGAUAACUACUGUCGUUACGAUUAUGUUGUGGUGUUUAACGGUGACAGGAGCGAUGAGUCUCUGCAAGCUGGGAAAUUCUGCGGUGAUGAACGUCCCAGCCCCAUUGUCUCACAGGGAAAUGAGAUGUUGGUCCAGUUUGUAUCGGAUCUCAGCGUUACCUCGGACGGGUUUCUGGCCAAGUACGAUGUGAGGCGGAAGGACGGGGCACCUGAACCUCCCAAGGAAGUGACCCCAACAAAACUGACCAGGCCCAGGCACCCAACCGGCACCAUCACCCGAACUCCCAAACUGAAAGGACCAGCAGGAAACCCCAUCUGUCGAAUGAAAUGCCGCCGUAAGGGGACACUACAGAGUAACUUCUGCGGCAGCAAUUUCGUGAUCUCAGGACAAGUACUGAACCUGGUACCGAAUGGCCACAGCCUCCAGGCCACAAUCUCCAUCAUUAACACCUACAAGGCCGGCGAUCUGAGGACGCGGCAGGUUCGGAAUAAACUCAUCGCCAAGCUCCUGGUGGUCUGUAAACGCUGUCCCAUCAUCCGCAAAGGUGCCAGCUACACGCUGAUGGGUCCAGUGGAUCGGUUGGGUCGUGGUCGCAUUCUGCCAGACAGUUUUUUCUUGGUUUAUAAAUCACAGCAACACCAGGUUCUGACCAAACUGACCAGCCGCCGCUGCUGAGGAAGCAGGCAGAGGCAGCGAGAGAGACGUGGGGAACACUGGAGACUCACCCAUAACCCCGAUCCCAAUCCCUCCCCCCUCAAUCCCCAACCCUCACCCUAAAUCCUAACCCACUCUCCCCUCGUCCAGUCCAACUCUCCCUACUGCUCUCUCACCAGCUGGUUCCAACAGCCUCAUAGCCAGGGGCAAAAAUCAACAGGGCAGCUCAUUUACCUUCAAUAAAACCCUUUAAUCCAA